AUGGUCGCGCCUGGCAUCACAGGCCGUACCAGGCCGACGAAGGUGAAGAAACAGGCAGGUGCGCAGAAGAGAAAGCGCGAGGAUGUAAAUGUCGAGCAGCUGGAUGAGGCAGUCGCCGAACUUGACCUCAAAGAUGGCUCAUACAAGGACUUUACCGACCUUCCACUCUCUGGCGCAACCAAAGCCGGUCUCAAGUCAGCGCAUUUCUCCAUGAUGACGGAUAUUCAGGCGAAAGCGAUACCGAUUGCUCUGAAGGGACAUGAUAUACUGGGAGCAGCAAAGACCGGCAGUGGAAAGACUUUGGCCUUCCUCAUCCCCGUCCUCGAAAAUUUAUAUCGAUUACAACACAUUGGACCAGAUGCUGGCUUGGGCGCGUUGAUUAUCUCUCCAACGCGCGAACUCGCUAUACAGAUCUUCGACAUCUUGCGUAAAAUAGGCAAGCACGGCCACAUGUUCGCAGCUGGUCUUGUCAUAGGCGGAAAGAGUUUGGAGGCCGAACGAGAGGCUCUCACUAGGAUGAACAUCUUGGUCGCCACACCCGGCCGAAUACUGCAACACUUGUCGCAAACCGUCGCAUUCAACGUGGACGACCUCAAGAUGCUCGUCCUGGACGAAGCUGAUCGCAUCCUCGAUAUGGGUUUUCAGAGAGACGUUGACGCUAUACUAGAGUAUCUUCCGAAGGAGCGCCAGACCAUGUUGUUCUCAGCCACGCAGUCCAGGAAAGUCUCCGACCUGGCACGCUUAAGUCUACACGAACCGGAAUACGUCUCCGUGCACGCCGAGGAUAAAUCAGCCACACCGAAGACCCUGCAGCAGAACUACUUCGUCUGCCCCGUCGAGGAGAAGCUGGACAUGCUGUGGAGUUUCAUUCAAGCUAGCAAAAAGAGAAAGAUCUUAUGUUUCUUCUCAUCAGCGAAAAUGGUCCGCUUUGUAUACGAAUCUUUCCGCCAUAUGCAGCCAGGUAUCCCACUACUACACCUCCACGGCCGCCAGAAGCAAGGGGCUCGGCUGGAUGUCACCACGAAGUUCGCGAACGCCAAAUUUUCCUGUUUGUUUGCUACGGAUGUUGCAGCGCGUGGUCUUGACUUCCCCGCUGUCGAUUUCGUGAUUCAGGUGGAUUGUCCCGAAGACGUGGACACUUACAUUCACCGCGUCGGUCGAACUGCGCGCUAUAACCGAGAGGGACGUGGUGUCUUGUUCCUAGCACCAAGCGAGGAGGAAGGUAUGCUGAGACGCCUCGAGGCCAAGAAGGUGCCUGUCGAAAUCAUCAACGCCCGGCAAAAGAAGAAGCAGUCUAUCAAGAGCCAGUUGGUCCACAUGUGCUUCAGAGACCCCGAACUGAAAUACCUCGCACAAAAGGCCUUCAUCACAUACACCAAGUCUUUGUACGUGCAAAAGGAUAAAGAGGUUUUCAAUAUCAAGAACUACGAUCUAGAAGCCUUCGCCGCUAGUCUGGGUCUUCCAGGUGCACCGAAGAUCAGGUUCCUGAAGGACGACGACGAGAAGAAGAGGAAACAUCAAUCUCGGCAAGAGCUCGAGGUCUCUGCUUCGGACGAUGAAGAAGAGGAGCCAUCAGGCAAGAAAGCCAAGACUGUGCGGACGAAAUAUGACCGCAUGUUUGAGAGGCAGAACCAAGAUGUUCUUGCAGACCACUACAAAAAGCUUGUUCAGGAUGGAGAGACGGAGGAUGGAUCAGAUGAGAAUGACUUCACUGGCGAUACACAAGCCGGCAACGACGAAGACGACUUCCUUGCUGUCAAGAGAAGAAUACCAGCGGACGAAGAAGGGGCGACUGCGGAAGGCGCAGAGCACGACGACCCUACCGCUCCUAAAGGGAAGGUCAUCAAUCUGGCCGGUGCAUCUCAACCCCUUAUCGUUGACAGCAACCGCCGCGAGAAGCUGCUUAAGUCCAAGAAGAAGCUCCUCAAGUUCAUGGACAUGGGCAAGAAGCUCGUUUACGAUGACGAAGGUAACGCUCAUGAAAUCUACGAGCUUGAAGACGAGGAUGGCUUCCGAGCGAAGGGCCUGCCUGAAGAGCAACGGCAGAAAUUCCUCAACGCAGAAAGGGACGCUGUUGCCCAGGCUGAUGUGCUGGACAAGGCAGCAGCGAAGGCGAAGAGGAAGGAGAAGGCACGGAAACGGAAGGAGCGAGAAAAGGGUGAGAUGGAUGGGGGUGAUGAUGAAGGAGGCGUGGAGAUUGCGGAUGCGGACGAGGAUGCUCUUGCCAACUUCAGGGCGGAUGCCGCUUACAGUGACGAUGAUGAAGACAACGAGCAACCUCAAAAGCAGAGCAAGAAAUGGUUCCAGUCAGAUUCUGAAGAGGAAGCUGCACCUAGCAAGAAGCGGAAGAAGGCAAAGAGCGCCCGGCACGUGGAGGAGCCGCAAACGCUGGAGGACAUGGAGGCAUUGGCAGCAGACUUGCUAUCCUGA